AUGCGUUAUUCCGCCAUGCUUCUCUUCUUCAUUCUCGCUCUUCUUCGCGCCGUUUCGGUCUUUGCGAGCAGUGGUGACAUUGUGCUUGUUUGUACGAAAGACGCUCUUUACAGCUCUCUGUACCAGAAUGGCCGGCAGUUUUGUUCGUCUGUCCUUGGCAAGCCGCCCUGUGAGGUUGUGACGCCAACGGCUUACGCGACAUAUGACCCGGCUGUGAUUUCUUCCCGCCUGUGUGUUGACGGACAAAUGUCUUCCUCGCCCGACGGACAGCUCCUCAACGACGACCCGAGGGGCCAGUUCGACUGUGUCUUCUACAUCGAGCUCACAUUUCAGUCGUAA